CGAUUCCGGCGAGGAGCAGGCUGGCGGGACAGGGUCGCCCUUUCACGCGUUCUUUUGGGAAGAGGCGCGAUUGCGAAACUCGGACGAAUUUGAAGCACAAGUGCACACGCAUCAAGGAUUAGAGGACGACCAUUCUCCAUAAAGACAACAAAAGAUACACGCUGACCUUUCAAGGCAAGCGAGACCUCAGCUGCACAGUUGCGCUCAGACGACUCAAUUUUCCGGCUGCGUUUUCGCGUCUAAACCUGUCUUCACCUGCGAGAGAACCCUACCCUUCUUCUCAUCGAAGAAUCGGCAACUUAGUGCUUGCUUCUCGUACAGGACCAGUAUUCACCUCUUCACGGAUAGGGAGAGCAUCGACGUCAUUGUAGAGGACUUAUUUUUUAAUUAUUUCUAAACGUCUCCUGUGUGAAUAUGCGCGUUCAGUCGGCGUAGUGGAGUUUGGAGACAGUGAUUUAACCAGCGACUAGGACCGAAAACCAUCUCUUCAGAUCGUCUCAAAAAGUGUCUGUUGAAAGCAAACUGAAGAUAUUUUUUUCAAGCAGUGAAAGUACCGAAGUACCGACAAAAUGCCUCUCGCGCAACUUGCAGAACCCUGGCCCAAAAUGGAGCUGGUCCAGCUCGAGACUGAGAAUGGACAAAGCACCACAGAUGAUGGAGUCACAUCUGCGGACAAGGAAGAUGACGUCAUCAAGGAGAUCAACAUCACUCACGUGGUCAAGGAGGGCUCGGAGAAGGCCGACGCCUCCCAGUUUGAGCUGCUCAAGGUGCUGGGCCAGGGCUCGUUCGGCAAGGUGUUCCUCGUGCGCAAGGUGACCCCACCUGACAACAACCAGCUGUACGCCAUGAAGGUGCUCAAGAAGGCCACACUCAAGGUGAGAGACCGAGUCCGAACUAAAAUGGAGAGGGACAUUCUGGCGGACGUCAACCACCCUUUUGUGGUGAAGCUCCACUAUGCCUUUCAGACAGAAGGAAAGCUCUAUCUCAUUCUGGACUUCCUCAGAGGAGGAGAUUUAUUCACACGUCUCUCGAAGGAGGUCAUGUUCACCGAAGAGGACGUUAAGUUCUACCUGGCAGAGCUUGCCUUGGGGUUGGACCACCUUCAUGGCCUGGGCAUCAUCUACAGAGACCUGAAACCUGAGAACAUUCUGCUGGACGAAGAGGGACACAUAAAGCUUACAGAUUUUGGACUAUGUAAGGAGGCCAUUGACCACCAGAAGAAGGCCUUCUCCUUCUGUGGUACUGUGGAAUAUAUGGCUCCCGAGGUGGUGAACAGGCAAGGGCACAACCACAGCGCCGACUGGUGGUCGUACGGGGUACUGAUGUUUGAGAUGCUGACGGGGUCGCUGCCAUUCCAGGGGAAGGAUCGCAAGGAGACCAUGAACCUGAUCCUCAAGGCUAGGUUGGGGAUGCCUCAGUUUCUGAGUGCUGAGGCCCAGAGUCUCCUGAGGGCUCUGUUCAAGAGGAACCCAGCAAACAGACUGGCAUCUGGGGCUGAUGGUGCAGAGGAGCUCAAGCGGCACAAUUUCUUUUCCACCAUCGAUUGGAAUAAACUGUUCAGACGCGAGCUCAAGCCGCCCUUCAGACCCGCCGUGGCCCGACCGGACGACACCUUCUACUUCGACUCCGAGUUCACCUCUCGGACACCCAAAGACUCUCCCGGCGUUCCUCCAAGUGCCGGCGCCCACCAGCUGUUCCGGGGGUUCAGCUUCGUCGCCACGACGCUCUUGGAGGAGGAGCCAGAGGAACCUCCCCCACAGCCUCUGCACCCUGUGGUCCAGCAGCUUCAUGGGAAGAGCAUCCUGUUCAGCGACGGCUACGUGCUGAAGGAGGACAUCGGCAUGGGAGCCUACUCCGUCUGCAAACGCUGCGUCCACAAGACCACCAACACAGAGUACGCCGUCAAGGUGAUUGACAAGUCCAUGACGGACCCCUCCGAGGAGAUUGAGAUUCUACUGCGGUACGGCCAGCAUCCCAACGUCAUCACUCUCAAGGAUGUGUAUGACACAGGUAAAGAGGUGUAUCUAGUGACUGAGCUGAUGAGAGGCGGUGAGCUGUUGGACCGUAUCCUCAAGCAGAAGUUCUUCUCCGAGAGAGAGGCCAGCUCAGUCCUGCACACCAUCACCAAGACCGUGGAGUACAUGCACUCACAGGGGGUAGUGCAUAGGGAUCUGAAGCCCAGUAAUAUCCUGUAUGUGGAUGAGUCGGGAAACCCAGAGUCUCUGCGCAUCUGUGACUUCGGUUUCGCCAAGCAGCUACGGGCGGACAACGGCCUGCUCAUGACCCCCUGCUACACCGCCAACUUCGUCGCACCAGAGGUUCUAAAGCGGCAGGGCUACGAUGAGGGAUGCGAUGUCUGGAGUCUGGGAGUCCUCCUGUACACCAUGAUCGCUGGGUUCACUCCAUUUGCUAAUGGUCCAGAAGAUUCUCCAGAGGAUAUCCUCAACAGGAUUGGCAACGGCUCCUUCACCCUCACAGGGGGCAACUGGGACCACGUGUCUGAGGCUGCCAAGGACCUGGUGUCUAAGAUGCUGCACGUGGACCCCCACCAGCGACUCACGGCCAUGCAGGUGCUGAAGCACCCCUGGAUCGUGCAGCGCGACAAACUCCCCAACAGCCAGCUGCAGCACCAGGAUGCAAAACUAGUCAAGGGGGCGAUGGCAGCGACCUACUCUGCGCUGAAGAGCUCUCAGCCGCCGCCAGAGCUCAAGCCCAUCGAGUCGUCCUUCCUGGCCCAGCGGCGCGUCAAGAAGCUCCCCUCCACCUCUCUGUAGAGCCACAGAGAGAGAGAAGACACAAGAGACACAUGGACUUACUGCACACACACACACACACACACACACACACACACAUAGACACAUGUUCAUGUACACUGAUACACAUAUCAUAUGAAAACCAAGACGGAGGAUGUGUCCUUCACAAAAAACAUUACCAGCUGAAGCAAGGGGUCCCCCCCCCUUCCCCUUCCCCUUUCCCCCAGACACCCUGUUCCCUGUCAUCCGUAGCCUAGUUUGGAGGGUGGGGGGGGGGCUUCAGAAAAUAGCCAAGG